UUAUCCGGGCGUUUGAAAGUGUUAAUCGAUUGUUUGGUGUCUGGGAUGUCGCGCUCGGCGGUAGACCGCUCUGCGAACACGUCUCUCUAUGUACGCAAUCUCAGCUACAGCUGUAGACCUGAGGAGAUACGUCGAAUGUUUGGGAAGUAUGGAGCGAUCGUUGAUGUCUACAUACCACUGGAUUACUACACCAGGCAGCCGAGAGGCUUUGCUUACGUUCAAUUUGAAGACGUUCGCGACGCACAGGACGCGUUGCAUUAUUUGAACGGCACAGCGCUGCAUGGGCGUGAACUGGAGAUACAAUAUGCUGAGGGGGACCGCAAAACUCCGACGCAGAUGAGAGGGCGCGAACGCGGAAGCGGAGGAGGAGGAGGAGGUUACUACGGGAGAUCUCCGAGAUAUCGUCGUUCAAGAAGCGGUAGCCAACGCAGACGCAGGCGUAGCCGCUCUCGCUCCGCCUCGCCGCGCUAUCGACGGCGCCGUCACCGCUCUCCGUCUCGCAGCGGCGGCAGCAGCCGGUCCGUGUCCAGGUCUCCGGUCAGACGACGGAGCCGCAGCGGAGAAAGGCGUUCGCACUCUCGCGGCAGCAGCCGAAAGGCCAGUCGGAGCGGGUCACGUGAUUGAUGAUUUGGAUAGAACUGUUCCGUGAAGUGGACGAGGGAGUGUAUGGAUGAAUGUGUAGAUGUGUUUGUCUGUGUAUUGCUGUGCUAGUCGUAGUACACAUUGGUAGCCAAUUAAUGCCGUCGAUUUUUUUGGUUUU